UGACAUCGAUAAAACCUUUCCAGAUGUCGGAUCUCUUUGAGAUUAAUUCUGUUAAUCUCGAUCCUUACACCGAAAAUUUCAACUUACUGUUUUAUUUCCAAUACCUAAUUGACUGGCCGUCACUUUUUUUCAAAUCAGUAGAACCAAGCAUAAAUGGAUACUUCAACCAGCCAUACAACGUCAGUGGAUACAUGAUGGGAAAAACUGAAGGCCAAUUAUCGAAAAAGGAAUGGCACACUCAUAUAACUGCAGUCACGAUUGAUGAACAGUAUAGAAGAAUCGGAUUGGCUUCUGAUUUAUGCAUAAACCUCGAAAAUUUAACUGCAGUUAAACCACAUGAAACCUUAUUUGUGGACUUAUUUGUGAAAGCAACCAAUGAUGUGGCAAGGACGUUAUACGAAAAAUUAGGCUACUCUAUCUAUAGAAGGGUGGUUGGCUAUUACGGCCGGGAACUACCGCAAGACCGAAACAAAAUCAACGAUGACAUCGAUGCCUUCGACAUGAGAAAAGCAUUGCCGCGUGAUUCCAAUAAAGAAACGGUUCGUGAAAGCGGUCAUAAGGUCUAUGUUCUUCCACAAGAGGUUGUCUUUUAAUUAUUAAUUUAUGUACUACAAUACCAUAGCUCAUCCCUCCGAACCAAACUCGUAAUAAAC